AAAUAUCCGGCCGGUGGGUCCCCAGCCUGUUCUCAUCCCCCGGCAGAGCCUUGUUAAGGUUAUGUUUUUGUAAGUUUGUAGUGCGCUGAUUUUCACAAUUCAAGUUCCACGGAAGUUAGCCGUUUCCUACAUGUAAAAAUUGUCCGGAAAAAAAAUAGAUCAGAAGUCGUUAAAUUUAAUUUUGUAAAGAUUCCCGUCUGAGUCCAACGUCCGAAGGCCGGCGGGAGGUAUUUUUCAAGUAAAUAGGACGAAAGAGGAAACAAGCGGCCAUGGGCGUGCCGAAGUUCUUCCGAUAUAUAUCUGCCAGGUACCCUUGCAUAAUAGAACACCUGAGAGAGCACGAGCUGCCCGAAUUCGACAAUUUCUACCUGGACAUGAACGGCAUCAUCCAUACUUGUUCGCACACCGACAAAAUCGAAUCUUCUCUCCCGGAGGAGGAAAUAUUCAAAGAGAUAUUUCGUUAUGUGGAGCUUCUGUUCAACACAAUCCAGCCGAAGAAGCUGUUCAUGCUCGCUGUCGACGGUGUAGCACCUAGGGCAAAGAUAAACCAACAGAGAGGACGGAGGUUCAGGACGGCCAGGUCGGUCGAGGUGGAAAAGAAAAAGCUCAUGAAGAAGAACCAGACCGUCCCGGAAGAAUUGUUUGACACAAACUGCAUAACCCCGGGCACAGAGUUCAUGGCGAGGCUUGACGAACAACUUCAGUAUUUUAUCAACUAUAAAAUCACGACGGACAAGAAGUGGCAGAAGCCGAAAAUAAUAUUCUCUGGCGUCCAUGUACCCGGGGAAGGCGAGCACAAAGUUAUGGACUACAUAAGGUACCUGAAGGCGCAGGACGACUGGGACCCGGACACGUCGCACUGCCUCCACGGGAUGGACGCCGAUCUCAUAAUGCUCGGCCUGUGCACGCACCAGCCGAAUUUCUCCAUACUCAGGGAAGAGGUGACGUGCGGUUCAAUACGUCUGAAAAGGAAAUCGAUCGAAGUUUUUGAUUUCCUCCACCUCUCAUUACUCCGCGAAUACAUUGACCUCGAGUUCAAAAAGUUGAAAGACGUUUUGCCUUUUCCGUACGAAUUAGAGAGGAUAAUCGACGACUGGAUCUUGAUGUGUUUUCUUAUCGGUAAUGACUUCCUGCCCAACAUACCAACUUUUUACAUAGCAAAGAACAUACUUGCCACACUGUUUGAGAAGUACAUCGAAAUCCUUCCUACACUCGGAGGCUACAUCAACGAAUACGGCACGCUCAAUUUGGAACGCUUUGAGAAAUAUUUACAGAAAAUGGCCGUCUGGGAGUUUGAAGUGUUCAAAGAGAACUUCGGUUUGUUCCAAGUCAAGGAUAUGGACCAGGCCAAUGAAAAUGCCGGUCAGGUUGUAAAGAACGAGCUUGACAGUGAAAGGUGGAACAUUAACGGUACAGAACUGGCCAAAAUAAUCCGAGAUGCUAAGGAUCAUGUAAAUAAAAUGUUUAGUAAACAACAUGAAUUGUCACCCGAUGAAGAUGGCAAUAGUGAUGAUGAAGAGGCUUACAGGGCUGAAUUCGACUUAAACAAGAAACACUACUAUUUAACCAAAUUUGAGGACAAACUGUCCAAGGAGGAAGUUUCUCAGACUGUCGAGGAAUAUGUAAAAGCGAUCACGUGGAUGCUCACGUAUUAUUACAAAGGCUGCCAGUCAUGGUCAUGGUACUACCCUUUUCACUACACGCCGCAGCUGUCCGACAUGCACAGCUUCAGUGACAAGGUGUUCACGUUCCCAGACGAUGAGCCUUUACAGCCGCUCCAGCAGCUUGUCUCUGUCCUCCCUUCCCAAAGCCAUAAGCUUUUGCCUAAAGCCUUCCAGCAUUUGUUGAUAUCACCGGAUUCACCAAUUUCCAGCUACUACCCUGUAGACUUUCAGUUGGACUUCAACGGGAAGCUGAACGAAUGGGAGGCCAUUGUGGUGAUUCCUUUUAUUGAUCAGGAGAAAUUGGUAGAUGCCAUGGCACCAUAUUACAAAGAUCUGACAGAAGAAGAAGUCCUCCGAAAUGGUGAAAGGCCAUUGUUAAUAUAUUCAUAUUCGGCCGAGCCCAGUGGGACGUUCAAAUCGCCAGGUUAUUUCCCAGAUAUUGUAUCGAACCGGGCAAUGUCUGUCUCUUUGUCGAGGAAGGAGCUGAUCAUCGACGAAGCGAGGCUCAUGGCCAGUAUGGAGCCACGUGUCAGCAAGGGCCAGCUCUGCCGGCUGAACACGUUUCGCGAUGUCAAGCUAACGACGAGGCUCGAAUACGGACGAGUGUACUUGUCGAACGUGUCAUACCAGACGUUGAUGCUCCAUAUACACAAACGCAACAUCAGCAUGGUGAUGAGCUGGUCGGAUGAAAAUCAGCCCUCCGACGAUUUGGACGCCGAGGUGGAAUGUGAUACUGACAUUGACAAAUUGGAAGAAAUCGCGGUGUCCCUCAUCGCUAAAGAAGUCUUCGUAAAUUGGCCUCAUCUCUCUCGUGCCUUGGUGGUAUCGGUUGUGUCCAAGACGCAUAAAUUUAUGAAAAACGAAUCAGGAGAAUUGGUGAAAAAAGAACUCAAUGCUUUGGAAAGAUCAAUAUUCAUAUCACAACUUACAGAAAUAAAACAUAAGUAUAAAUCAAAUCAAGGAAUUGUACUUGGCCCGGUCCAAGUCAUCAUCCAAGUCAGAAAGAACGAGGGCAAAAAGUACGAGUUCAAGUCAGACGGUAAAGUAAACUUGGUCUACAAUUGGUCAACAACGCUCACGCCCGUACCAUAUGAGUUGGUUGUACAGUUAGACGGCUACUCGUACGACAUCACAAAUGCCGAAAUGGAUCUCAACGAGGUUUUCGCCCCAGGUGACGUCUGUUUCUUCCUUGGUAGCCAGUAUUACGGGGCCAAAGCAACCGUCAUAAACGGCAACGUCAACGGCAAAGUGAAGGUAAACAUUGAAGUGCCUCCUGAGCCCAAUUUCAGCGGCCUCGUCACCGAUGGUGAGGAUUCUCAUGUUAAAUACUUAUCAGCUUCUCAAAUGUCUCAAAUUCUACUGACGAUGGGAGCCAAGGCGAUUGCACAUUUCGCCGGUGCUGUGAUUGUGAACUCUCCCACCAUGGGAAAGAUGAAUAUUGGAUUAAAUUUGAAAUUUAACAAGUUCAAAAAACAGAUCAUUGGGUAUUCGAAAAAAGUCGACAAUAAAUACUGGAAGUAUUCAACGGGAGUGAUGAACGUGUUGACCGAAUACCGAGACGCUUUCCCGAAACUCUUUGAACACGCUGAAAUGGUGCAUGACAGCAAGCUUAACCUCCAGGAGGUGUACGGUGAAGACGCUGACGAAAAAGUGGAAGAGAUAUUGGAGUGGGUGAAUGAGAAAAAGAAAGAGUUGAACUGGAGCCAACUCAAGAGGAUGUUUGGGAGCAAACUCCUGAUGCCAGCGACAAUCGCGAAAAUGGAAAACGUACUCGCGCAAACAUCCUCGAGAGGGAUCGAACCUCAUUUCGUCGAACUCGUUGUCCGUCCGCAUGACCUUUACAUUCCAGAGCAAAAGGUACCGUUGAAAUGCAUCGAUAUGUCCACCUCGGUCGAGCUGCUUGAUAGAGUCGUUUUUGUAGUUAAGAACCACAAGAUCCCUCUCGGCAGUAAGGGAACAAUAGUCGGGUGGAGUUGCGACGAAGACGAGCAUGUUAUGACGUACGAUGUACUAUUCGACGACGAGAUAAAGGAGCUGUUCACCUCGAAGAAGAGUGACUCGAACGUCUACGUAGUGUCAAAGUACAGCUGCCUCAACAUAACGAACUGGAUGAAAUCAAAUCCGGUCAACACGGGGAAGAUGCAGACGGAGCCCCAGCAGCCGAGCAGGAAUGUCAACUUGAACGUGAACAGCCCUGUACAAGAGGAGAACUGGCGAAUAAAAGAAGUCAGCCUUCGUCCUGAAAUGCCCCUGGACAAUAAAAAGCAAAAAGAUGUUAGCCUCAGACCUGAAGCACCACCAACCCUCGACAACAGAAAAAACAGAGUACAAAUCAAUCCGCCUCUGAUGAAGAACACACAGGAGAACAACUGGAGGAACAAUGGUGUUCUUCUGGGCAAUGAAUUUGCAAAGAAAGGUGCCUGCGCUGCUGCCCCUGCGCCGCCGUUCGACAAGUUCAUUCCAUCAAAAGUUUACACAAGGAAGGAACCGUGGCAGCCAGACGUCAUGUCCAAUUUUGUAAACGCUAGAGUUCCUAUCCACGGUUUUAACAAAUGGAGGACGCAAGAGCCAGCAGGUGUGAAUAACGUAACAAAGUUUUUCUCGUCGUACAGGAACAACUCAGGCGUGCCGGAACAUGCCAGCAGGAUGUUCGCUGAUUCGGUACAGCAGCCCAAACAGCAAGAAGUGAUGCAGAAAAAGACAGCCGACUCCGAAUUCCAGGCGAUGUGGAACCACUUGCAAAAAUUGCCUGAGAGCCAGAGACCGCCGUCGUUCCAACCUCCAAUUAACAUCGUCAACGAGCAAACGAACGCCCUAAAGAAAGUGCUGAAACUCAGCGAUGACGACGAUCAAUCAAAGAUGCCAGCUUCAGUUGAGCAGAUGAACUUAAGGCCUGCCCCUACGCUGAAUGCUCAGGUCCCAUGCGGCCAUAGGAACUGUAUCGAUGAUUUCAUUAAGAUGUGUCAAUGUCUUGAUAUGGCGUAUCCGGUGUUCAGCUACGUACACGUGAACCAGACGAAAUUUGUCUACUGUAUGCUGCACUUUGCCGAUGGAUCGGAGUUCAAAGGGCCACAGGCACAGGAUAAAAGCACGGCGGUCAGUCAAGCGGCUUGCCAGGCAUUACGGUUCCUUGAAAAUAAGCAAACGAGGUUACAAAUGAAGCCACCCUUGCUGCCUUCUCCACCUCAGCAAUGGUGUCAAAAUCGAAUUCCAGAUACUAAAAUAGAGGAGAAACCAAUACCAUCAAACAAAGAGUUGAGUUUCAGUGAGGCGAAAUUCGUACCGUUCCAAGUGCAGAAGAGCUUGGCUAGGUCAAAACAGCCAAAAGUCAGCUCCAACGGCCCUAAGAGCCAGCCUCUGCCUCCGCCGCAACCUGACCAGCCAAAGCCGGUCAAAGCGGCCUUCAAGAAUGUUGAUGUUGUCAAACCUGUCCCUAAAUCGCUGUCAAAGCAGGAGGUGUCGAUCCGCCCAGCCGGUGUAAACGCAGCAGGCCGGGGAAGACGGCGUCUUGCAGCCAAAUUCUCGAUGGCAUCUGGCAAAUAAAGGAGAACGUGGGGUGAAGGCCACAAACUCAAACCACACCGGUUUUUUGUUUUAAUUAAAAAAAAAAACUUGUUCUAUGUGAUGCCGUACUUAAAAAUUAUUAGACAAAAAUUAAGGCAUUGAUUUUAUUUGUGAAUAUAACUUUUUUAAAUACUGUUUUUCUCAUUUCUUUUUUUAAUUGACAAAGAUUUUUAACCGAGAAUAAAUUAAAUCACUUAAUUGUAAAUGUGUAAAGUUGAACAAAUUUGUAAUAUAAAAGUGAUUAUUGAUUGAAUAAUAAAGAAUUGAUGUUUUUUGAGA